GACAAUCCGACCAAAGCCACUGCAGUGGCGUGGAAGAAAACCGGUCAACUGCGUCAUCGUUGCUCGUUCAUUAGAGGUUCUGUUGGUUCAUUCGGAACGACGCCAUUGUCGCUCAUCGAGCAAGUCUACGCGGUUCGUCCGUGUGCUAGCUGCUGAUCAAAUUCCCACAGAUUUCUCCGCUGUUGCGUCCGCAGUGAACAAUGGGACCGAGGACCAAGCUGUUUGUGGGCCACCUGCCCGACGGCCUUCGCACAGAGGAGCUGCAGGAGCUCUUUGCCAAGUACGGCACCGUGACAGAGUGCGACGUCAUCAACAAGUAUGGCUUCGUGCACAUGAGCACUGAGGAGGAGUGUGAGGAGGCCCUCAAGAACCUGAACAACUACAACUUCAUGGGUUCCACCCUGUCUGUGGAGCGUUCGACGAGCAAGUUCCACCAGGAACCAGGUGCCCCUGGACGUGCGAAGGGAGGCCCCAGGUUAGAGCCUCCCUACGGUGGCCAGCGUAACGGCUACGAGCCGCGCCCCGCCGGCGGCUACUACAACGGAGGCGGCCCCGGGGCCUACGGGGACUACAGGCGCGGCGGCGCGGACCUGUACGACCGGGGCCCGUACCGGGCCAUGGCUGAGCGCCCCCGGCCCUACCCGGUGCCCUACGAGCGCCGCGAGGACCCUUACGCCCCCCGGCGGCCCCCGCCCGGACCCCCCUCCAUGGGCCCUGACAUGUACGAGCGCCGGCCCUCCCAGGACUACCACUCGCUGUACACCCGCCGGUCGCCGCCCCCUGCCUCGGGGUACAGCUGGGGCGCGGGCUAUGGAGCCAGCGACAGCAGAAUGGGAGGCUACUCCUACGGAGGCUACUAAGGCCCGCCCGCCGCCCGCCCUUCCCCUCAGCGCCGACCUCUCACGUUCCCGCCGCCCGGCCUGUUCCGCUUGCGCUCGGUCCGUGGUUACCGUGCGGCGGCUAGCGCCCUUCGACGCGCCGCUUGCGCCUCUCCGCCGUGCGUCCGCCCGCCCGCCGUGGAAGGGAUCUCCGGCACAGGGCAGCCACGCGCUCUCUUCAUCCAUACUUAACCCGUCUUGCCCCGGGGGAGGGGUGGGCCUCAUGUGUCUGUGUGUUGUCUGUCUUCUUGGGGGGGCCAUUCGAUCGUUUUAAGCGUCUUCUGAGAAAUAAACGUCAUGAUCAGCCAA